GACACCUUCUCCUCCCUCCGCGCUCAACAAGGGCCCCUCCACACCACACACAUGGCCUGCUACGACGCCUGCCGCCCCUGCGGACCCACCCCGCUGGCCAACAGCUGCAACGAGCCCUGUUCCCUGCAGUGCCAGGACUCCCGUGUCCUCAUCCAGCCUUCCACCGUGGUGGUCACCCUGCCAGGACCCAUCCUCACCUCCCACCCCCAGAGCACCGCCGUUGGAUCCUCCGCAUCGGCUGCCGUGGGCAACGAACUCGGCGCUCAGGGAGUUGCUGUCAACUCCGGCAGCUUUGGCUACGGCUUCGGAGGCCUGGGUGGCUUCGGAGGCCGGGGCUGCUUCAAUGGUAGAAGGGGUGGAUACAUCUGCUGGCUCCUCCACACCACACACAUGGCCUGCUACAACGCCUGCCGCUCCUGGGGACCCACCCCGCUGGCCAACAGCUGCAACGAGCCCUGUUCCCAGCAGUGCCAGGACUCCCGUGUCCUCAUCCAGCCUCCCGCCGUGCUGGUCACCCUGCCAGGACCCAUCCUCACCUCCCACCCCCAGAGCACCGCCGUCGGAUCCUCCUCAUCGGCUGCCGUGGGCAACGAACUCAGUGCCCAGGGAGUUGCCAUCAACUCCGGGGCCUUUGGCUAUGGCAACGGCUAUGGCUUUGGAGGCCUGGGCUGCUUUGGUGGCAGAAGGGCUGGAUACAUCUGCUAAGGGCCCUCGCCACCACCCCUGAUGGACACCACCUACCGCAUUGAAGCUACGCCAUGGAUUGUGGACUCACCUCUGGACCCUUCUUGCCACGUGGACCUGCUGUCCAUGGCUCUUCCUCUAAAGGAGCCACGAAGAUCUUGGUGCUCUGGCAAGAUCUAUGUCACAGAAGCAACCUCAGCUGAUGGUCACCCUACGUGCAGCAUAUACUUGUCACAGCCUACUUGGUGCUCCUGCCUUUUUACUCUUUUGUUUCC